AUGGGGUGUUCGGAAUCAAAGAUCAACAACGUCGAAACUGUGAACCGAUGUAAGCAAAGAAAAGCGUUUAUGCAACGAUCAAUCUCCGCCCGCAACGCCUUUGCCGCGACCCAUUUUGCCUACGCCGCCGCUCUCAAGAACGCCGGUGCGGCCCUUAGUGAUUAUGCCCAAGGGGAGCUUUGGUUCCUGGACCAAUUUCACUCUACCUCCGCCACAUCAUCCACCACCACCAGCAGCCACCCUCCACCACCGCAACAUCUCCGAUAUGAUUCCCUUCCUCCUCCUCCUCCUCCUCCACCUCCACACCCAGAUUCCUCGGACUUCAAACCUCGCUCCAACUUGAUCGUGAACGAAGUUGACGAGGCCGAAGAUCAUAAUAUAAAGCAUAGUAGAUAUAGAAGCUCUAAUGGAGGUAGGGCAAGAAGUGGUAUUGUAAAAAGUAUCUCGAAAGGAGGGAUGCAAAACGAGAAACUCCCUCCUCCACGGCCCGCACCAUGGCAUAGCGAUCGCAAUCUUGAUCGUGCUGCACCACCUCCACCGGAAAACGAUGAAAUAUCAUCGUGGGACUUCUUUUCUACGUUAAUGAAGGACAUGCCUGGACCUAGCUUAGCUGAAGAUGAUGAUAAACGUAGCAGAAAUGAUGGAAGACCGAAGAUUCCGAGGAAAAUAUUGGAGAAUCAACGGGAACAUGAUGGUGGUGGAGCGAUUAGAACCGGCGGCGGUUACGGUAAAGCGGUGGAGGAGAGUGAGGUAAAGCCGCCACCGUCAGCCAUGAAAGGAGGUGUGCAGAAUGUGAACUUGUUACAGGUAUUCAAAGAGCUUGCUGAUUGUUUUAUGAAAGCUUCAGAGAGUGUCCAUGAGGUUUCAAAGAUUCUUGAAGCCAAUAGGUUGCACUAUCACUCUAAUUUUGCAGAUAAUCGAGGUCAUAUCAAUCGUUCUACAAGAGUCAUGCGCGUCAUUACAUGGAAUAAGUCGUUUAAAGGACCACAAAUUGCUGAUGAUUCGAAGGAUGACUUGACUUCUAAAGAGAAUGAUCAAACUCAUGCUACAGUGCUCGACAAGAUGCUAGGAUGGGAGAAGAAACUAUACGAUGAAGUGAAGGCUUGUGAAGAUGUGAAAUAUGAAUACAAGAAAAAGAUUGAUUCAAUGAAUAAACUUAGAAAACGAAGCGCUAGCAGAGACUCCUUGGAGCGAAACGAAGCAAUGAUUAGUCAUCUGCACACAAGGUGCAUUGUGAACAUGCAAUCCACGGAUUCAACUGUUUCAGAAAUCAAUCGCCUUCGUGAUGAGCAAUUGUACCCGAAACUUGUUCAGCUUGUUAAAGAGAUGGGGAUAAUGUGGGAAAACAUGCAAAAACAACACGAAAACCAAUCUAAGAUCGCACAAGCACUAAAGGCCAUCAACAUCUCGCAAUCACCGAAUGAAACAAGCGAGCACAAUUUGAACAACACACAGCAACUCCGUGUUCAGAUCAAGAUGUGGCAUUCUGAGUUCCAAAGGCUCAUGCUACAUCAGAAAGAAUACGUUAAAUCUUUAAACAGUUGGCUAAAACUUAACCUCAUCUCCAUCGAUAACAGCUUAAAAGACAAAAUUCCAUCUCCUCAAAACCCUAAGAUUCAGUCAUUAUUACGUAUCUGGCAAGAUCAACUAGAGAAGCUUCCAGAAGAAGGGGCAAAAACCGCAAUAAACACUUUUGCAGCUGUAAUCGAUACCAUAGUUCAAUAUCAAUCAGACGAGAUGGAGCUGAAGGACAACUGUGAGGAAACUCGAAGGAAACUAAGCAAGAAAUCGCGAAAGUUUGAAGAAUGGUGCGAUAAACAGAUCGCGAAGAGAACUCCGAUGGAAGAGAUGGAUCCAGAUAUGGCGGACGAUGAGGUGAUUGCCGAUCAACAGAUGGUGGUGGAGGCGUUGAAACGGAGGUUGGAGGAGGAGGAGGAUGAAUAUCGGCGGCGAUGUAUUCAGGUGAAGGAGAAGUCGUUGAUGAAUCUUAAGAACGGUUUACCGGAAGUUUUUACGGCGAUGUCGAAGUUUUCCGGUGCUUAUUCACAUAUGUACGGAACGUUGCAAACAGAAAACUAUAGUUUGCAAAAAUUCUAUAACAAUUAA